UUGUUUUUCUUAGUUUGUUUUCUUUUUUAUUUUAACCCGUAUUGAGAAGACUGAACUCGACGAUUAUUGUAUUAAUUUUUGUGGGUAUUAUUUUACAAUAACUUAAGGAUUCUAGUGAUCGGUCCUUGCAUCAUAUAAACUUGAUAUAAACAUAUAUAUAUAUUUAUAUAUAACUCAGUGACUAUUAUUUACAUUAUUGUGAUUGACGAGUAAAUACAACGAUGUACGCUAAAGGUAAAGGUUCCGCAGUACCUUCGGACAGUCAGGCCAGAGAAAAAUUGGCAUUGUAUGUUUACGAGUAUUUGCUUCAUGUUGGCGCACAAAAAGCGGCACAAACUUUUCUAUCAGAGAUACGAUGGGAAAAAAAUAUAACACUUGGGGAACCACCGGGAUUCUUACAUUCUUGGUGGUGCGUAUUCUGGGAUUUAUAUUGUGCAGCACCUGAACGACGUGAUUCGUGUGAACACAGUAGUGAGGCCAAAGCUUUCCAUGAUUAUGGAUUUGUAAACAGUGGUUAUGGCGUUAAUGGAAUAGCUCACAAUGCUGGACCAGCACCAUCACCACUUGGACAGAUGCCACCAAAUGACGGUAUGCCUGGUGGCCCAAUACCUCCUGGAUUUUUUCCAAACAACUCGACAAUGCGACCAUCUCCGCCCACACACCCCUCAUCACAGCCAUCUCCCCAGCACCCCCAGCCACCCCCGCCCCCACACUCGCAGAUGAUGUCCACUCAGUUUAUGGGACCUAGGUAUCCUGCUGGACCUAGACCUGGAGUACGUAUGCCGCAAAUGGGAAAUGAUUUUAAUGGACCGCCAGGACAACCAAUGAUGCCAAAUAGUAUGGAUCCAACUAGACAAGGCGAAGCUGGAGAGUUUGUAGGGUGGCAAGGACCGCCGGGUAUGAAUCCAAUGAAUCCACGAAUGAAUCCACCACGCGGACCAGCAAUGGGCCCAAUGGGUCCUGGUAAUUAUGGACCGGGAAUGCGAGGCCCACCACCGAACAGUAGUUUAGGUCCUGGAGGACCUGGAGGUCCUGGUAUGCCACCUAUGAGUAUGGCAGGACCUGGAAGACCACAAUGGCAACCAAAUACAUCAACACCUAUGAAUUAUUCAUCAUCAUCACCUGGUAAUUAUGGCGGGCCACCUGGUUCGACAGGACCACCAGGUCCAGGUACGCCAAUAAUGCCAAGUCCGCAAGAUAGUAGCAAUAGUGGCGGUGAAAAUAUGUACACAAUGAUGAAACCAGUACCUGGAGGCAAUAUGCCUGGUGAUUUUCCAAUGAGUGGGGGACCAGAAGGUGGGCCUAUGGGUCCCAUGGGACCCAAUACAAUGGGUCCAGUAUUGAACGGUGAUGGUCUCGACGGUAUGAAAAAUAGUCCAGCAAAUGGUGGUCCAGGUACACCACGAGAAGAUAGUGGCAGUGGAAUGGGUGAUUAUAAUCUAGGCGGUUUUGGUGGACCCGGUGAAAACUAUUUUUAAAUCAAAUCGCCUUGGAUCCAGCUACGAGAUCAAUAGACACCGGGUUUUUCACACAGUGAGAGGAAGGAUUCAGCGCGAAUAAGCUCUACUGAUAAGAAAUAUUUUAAUUUAAAAUUUAAAUAAAACAAAAAAAAAACAAUAAAUUAAUAACUGCACAGUAUAAUUUUAAAACAAAAGAACAAAUAAUUAUGAAUAAAAAAAAAAAGUACGAUAGUCGCGACGAGUUAAGACUAAUGCAUAAUGUACAAUACGUCGUUAUUGUUGCCAAUUUUUUAAAAAAUAUCCGUGUUAGUAUUAAGAAACUUAACAACGAUUAUUGAUAGUUAUUUAAUUGCCAUUAUCGCCAUACAAAACUAUGUACAUGCUUCUCUAAUACUCGCAAGGUUGCUAAUUAUUAUAUUAUUAUUUUUUUUUAUUUGUUUGUUUUACUUUAUUCUUUAUUUUUUAUUAUUAGUUUACACUUUUAAUUGUAAAAUUACGUAACGUUUGUUAUUAUUAAUUACCGCGGACUAUUUUUUAUUUAUAUUUAUUUUUAAAUAGCGUGUGGUUAUUAAGCGAUGGUGCCUGAUUUACAAAAGGUUGUUUAUCUUUUUUUAUAAUCAUAGUUUAUUGUGAUUUUUUUUACAUUACUUUAUUCUUACAUUUUUUUACGUGUUUCUCUAGUAUUAAUUCUUAAAUAAUUAUUAUCGUCACUAUUAACCUUUAUACCAUAGAUUAAAUUUUUUUAAAUCUAUAUUUUUUAUUUAAAUUUUAAAUUCGUAAUAUUAGGGGAAUUUUCAGACAUUUUCCUCCACUUUUUAAAAAAUUUCAAUGACAACUGUCAUAAGCGUUUCAAAAUUUUAUCAAUUAAUGAAAAACAAAUUGAAGCUUAAUUAAAAAAAGGACAAUUUUGCUGAGAUGUCGAUUUAUAAAAAAAUGACUUACUGUUGAUAUCAACUGGGAGUUAAACAAAAUUUGUUUAAUAAAUUUCAGGAAAAUUUUGAUUUCAAUUUUGUAAUUCGAAUUUUAAAAUUUUAUAGCCUGAAAUUUAUUCAACAAAUUUUGCUUAAUUCCUAAUUGAUAUUAAGUAAUUUUUUUAAAAUUCUAUUUCGAUGAAAUUGAAACUGCGUUGUCUUUUUUUAAUUAACGUUUCAAUUUUUUUAAAUUAAGGACAUUUACAGACAGUCCCCCUACUUUUUAAAAAUUUUCAAUGACAGCUGUCGUAAGACAAAAAAAAAAAGCAUUAAAAAAUCGAAAAAUUAAAGCAAUAAUUGGAAAAAGGAGAAUUUCGCUGAGAUAUCGAUUUAAAAAAUAAAUACUCACAGUUAUCAAUUAGGAAUUAACCGAAAUUUGUUAAAUAAAUUUUAGCCUAAAAAAUUUGACAUUCAAAAUUAUAAUUUUGACAUGAAGAUUUUACUAAAAUUUAUUUUCCAAAUUUCGUUCAACUCCUAAUUCAUAUCAACUGCAAAUAAUUUUUUUGAAAAUCUAUGUCUCGUCGAAAUUGUAACUGCGUUGCCCUUUUCUCAACUAAUGUUUUAACUUUAUUGUUAUUAAUUAUAAAAAUUUUAAUACGGUCAUUACAAUACUAUGGAAUAAAGGUUAAUAUUAAAUUACCAGUUUGUUAAUACAUUUAAAAGUAAACAAUAAAAAUUUAAAAAACAAUUAAAUUAUAAAUUUUUACUAUAAAAAUAAAAAUAUUCAAUAUUCUAGUCGAUUUUUUUUUCUUAUUUUUCUCUUUGCAUUUAAACAUGAAUAUUUUUUUUCUCUUUGUACAUCUGAAUAAUCAAUACUUAAAUGUACAGACAAAACUGGUACGAAAGAUAAAAUUCCUCAAUUUUUAUUGCUCAUUUAUUAACAAACUCCCGCUUAUAAAAAUUAAUAAAUCGGGAAUCCUCUUAAUUAAUUAUAAUUAAACAAAUAACUAAUAAUAAUAAAUAAUAAUAAUAAUCGGCAACUUACGCGUCACAAUUAUCUAGUGAUCUACACACUUGCGAUAAUCUAGGAUUUAUAAAAAAAAAAUAAUAAUAAUAAAAACAAAAGUCUUGCCGCUUGAUUGCUCAAUUAAUUAUUUCUUUUAUUAAUUAAUAAAUAAUAAUUAAAAAAAUAUUUGUACUUAUAAAUAACAAUUUUAAAACGUUUUAAAAAGUACAAUUGACGUCUUUGUCGUUAUUUUAAAUACGCGCUGUGUUUUUUUUAAUUACGAUUAAUAAUUAAUAACAAUAAUAAGUAAUUAAAUAAUUAUAACAAACAAUAAUUUAAAUAACCAAUAAAUUAUUGUCUAUGUUAUAAAUUUAUAAUUCGUGUUAUCGUGCUAAAUAACACGUUAUUAUGUACGUUUAUUUUUAAAUAAUUGAUAUUUGUAAAUAUUUUAGAAAUUAUUAUGAUUAUUAUUUUUUUAAAUACAACCCAAUUUAAAUAAAUACGAAAGAAAUAGAAUAACAGCAUGAGUUUUUGGGGCUUGUGUAUUUUUCUAUAAAACAAACAAUUUUAAAAAAACUAAUUGCCAUAACGGUUAUUAAUAGUAUUUAAAAUGAAUUAAAUUUUUUAAAUUAAACGUUAUAGAUAUAGCAAUGUAUGUAUAUAUUUAGAUAUAUUACUAAUAACCAUUAAUUAAUCAAUUAAAAAAAAGAACAAAGCCUUCAAUUGUAUAUUUUAAAUGGUGAAGCAAAAAAAUUAACAAUAACCCGUGUAAAAAAAAAUUCGUUUCAAAAGUGUUCCAAAACGUUUAUGAAAGUGAACUUUCAAAAUUGAGACAAUUCUGAGUUAAAGUUGAGCAUUUUUGGAACUAAAAAAAUUAGAAAGUGAACAAUUUUCAACUGAUGAAAGCUUUUCCUGCGUUUUUUUUUGUUUUUUUUUUUUGAGCAAAAAAAAAUUAUUUGAUUUGACAAUUUUUUGGGUUUGAAAAAUAUCAAUAAAAAGAAACUUAUUAGGAAUUAUAAAGAUUUAUGACUUUUACCAGAAUUAUUCAGGAAUAAGGCAAAAAAAAAAAAAAUGAUUUGAAAGUGUCAAUUUUUUUGGUGGAUCUCUUCCGGUUUUUCACUCAAAUAUUAAAAAUCUUCUAAAUAAUUAAUCAAGUUUCUUUUUUCUUUCCUCAGUCAAAAACGUCAAAGUUCAAUUAUAAUUAAAAAUGUUCCUACUUUCAAAUCAUAGUUUUCCUUAUAUUUAUAACUAUAUUUUGUAACCAGUUGUAUAUAGCCUUUAUUUUUACUUUUUAGAAAGUUCAGUUUUUUUGACUUGUUCAAAAAUAGUCAAAACAAUUAGUGAUUGGAACUAAUUAUGAACUUUUUAUGAACUCACAAAAUUGUCAAUUUAAAUCAAUUUUCGUUGAAAAAUUAGAAUAAAAAAAAACCCGCAAAAAAGUCAACACUAGUUGAAAAUAUUUCACACCUAUUUAUUUUAAAUUUCCAAAAAUGUUCAACAAAGUUCCAAAUUGUCUCAAUUUUGGAAUUUCACUGUCAGGAAUAUUUUUGAAACAAAUUUUUUUUACGCGGGAAUUUAAAAAAAAACGGGAUUUAUUAAAUUAACACCAAGUAUUUUGAGUGUUAUUUUUAUUAUUAUUAUUAUUAUUAUUAUUAUUAUAAAUGUUGCCCGGAUAAAUUUAAAUAUUAAAAUACAUUUAAAUAGUAAGAGGAAUGUUGUAUAAAAAUAAUAAUUAAAAUACGUUACUAUUUUUUUAUACAUAUAAGACACGUAAUGUGAGUACUGAACAUUAAUGAAUGAAUGAAAAAAAAAAAAGUAAAAUAAUAAUAAUAAUAAAAUUAUAACAGACUACUUAAAAUAUAAUUAACAUAUUUAAUUUAUAAAGCAUAAUUAACUAAUUAGAAAUAAUUAGGGAAUAAAGUUAAUUGAAUUUAAAAAAAAAUAAUUAAUAAUUAAUGAUAAAAAAAAAAAAGAAAGAAAACAAUAUUAGAAAAAAAAAGUCCGUCCGCAGGUGGUUAUAGGUCAGUACCAGACUAUACUGUGCUGCUAUUACUUAUUAUAAACUUUUUAAAAAAACAUCUAUAUAAAUAAUAAACGAUUUAAUGUAAAAUAUAAAUGAACAUAAUCGAGUGUAAGUACGAAAUUUUGGACUAGUUAUUUUUAAUUAUUUUAUAUUACUACUAUGCUGCAGUAUGACGCUCAUCUUUCUAUAUUAUUUUUUAUUAGAUUUUGUUGUUUAUCGAGACUGAACUAAUAUAAGAAUUUCGAUUUAUAGUAUAAAUAUAUAUAUAGAUAAUUUAAAAUAAUUAAUAAUUAUUAUUGUUAUAAAUAUAAUAACGUUUGCCGUUUAUAUUUAAAAUAAUAAAUACUGGUCCGAAAUAUCGUUCUCAGAGCUCUCGUUCUUAAUGAAAAAUAAAAAAAUAAAAAAAAAAAUAUAAAAAAACUGAAAUAAAAAAAAAUAUACAUAACAAUUUUUUCCUAAUUUUUUUUUUCUUUAAUUAUGAGAUUAAACUCGAUUUAUACUCGACGUCGAAGGUACGCUUACGUUCCAAGAUUUAUCGUAAUCUGGAAAGUCAUUUUAUAAAUAAUAAUUAUUAUUACUAUUAUUAUUAUUAUGAUUAUGAUUAUUAUUAUUAUUAUUAUUACUCUAUUAUUAUUAUUAUUAUUACUAUUAUUAUUAUUAUUAUUAUUACUACUACUAUUAUUAUUAUUAUGAUGAUCAUUAUUAUGUUUUAAUUAAUUAAUAAAUAAAUAAAUGAA